GACAGUUUUGUCAAGUUGUCAGUGGCAAAUACGAGAGGGGGUGACGAGGAAGAGAGGUCAGCCUAUGAUCAAUGGUAAACGUCUCGGGCUUCUUACAAUGGUAUGGACGAUUGUCUUGUGGAAAUGGGCGAAUCAAAUGGUUCAAAUGGUCGGAAAGCAAUUACAUGACUAAGAACAAGGUUAAAAACAAAUUUCAGCUUGGUCUUGCAAAGAGGAGGAACAUGUUCAAAGACUUAUGUUGCUUAUGGAGACAUAAUUAUGGAAGUUAUAUCAUGAUACUGACUGCACAUCUGGUUGCUGUUACACGGAGUGGGGUCGUGGCAGUGUGCGGAGAAGACAUAUACAUGAAUGGGAAGGAGGUCUGUCAUGAGAAUGAAGCUUCCACUUGUAGCGGAGAAAACUUUGCAACUCACAGUGGACUAUUUUAUUCUCAUUUGGCUCUAGUUUCUGUAGAGGUGUUGUUCCACUUCACAAGACCACCAGAGAUACAUCAAGUUACAGGGAUGAGGGUUUGAGCAGAGUGGAGGAACGUUAUGACAAAUGGGUAGUUCAGAGGCAACUUGCAUCUAUCUUUGCUCUCAAGUUUCUUGUAACCAAUUUCUACAAUCAAUAUAAUCAUAUUUCAACUUGUUCUUUGCUCUUACUGGUUUUGAUACUCAAAACCGUAUCAGGGUGCACCAAAAAUAAUUAAAUGACAGCACAGAAUAUACACUGGUUUACCAUAUCAGGCUUCCCUUUUGCCAUGUUAAGAUAAAGUCCCCCAAGGAAUUGUAAUGGUCAGCCAAAAAACUACCGAAUGAAUCUCACAAAGCGAUGAAGUCAAAUGAGAUCUAACAAAUUUCCUCAGAACCUUCAGGGCAACUGAAUAUAAUUAUGAAAACAUUUACAAUAUAUAUCUUCACAGUUCAAAACAAUUUUUGGUCCUCCACCAAAUCGGCAAGAUGUGGUGUGCUAAGUAUGUCUUUUCUCGAAAAAUUACAACGCUUUACCCACAACUGGGGACUAAAGAUACAACGCUUUACUCACGAAUCUCCCAAGAAGUACCCAUUAAUUAUAACUAACGGUUUAGUUUCGUGAUCAUUCAAACAAAUUGAAUGUGUGUUGUUUCUUCACCGUGAAAUGUUUUACCACUUAUCAAAUCCAAAAGCAAAACAGUUAAUGACAGGCAAAUUUUAUCAUAUAUUAUUUAUUACUUUUCCUGGUUCGACAUUCAUACCUCUGGGAAAACACCUAAUGUCAAUAAAGCUUCGCGCCCACAGUCAGACCUGCACUUGCAGAACGGCUUCAAGUUUAAAUCAAAAGAAGACAAAAACAAACAUAGGCAGAUCCCUUUAGAGAUUGUAUUAUUAUUGUAGCUGUCAGUUGUGAAUGAUGUAGCAAAACGCUCAAUCCUGGAAAACAUAAGCUAACAGGCUAUAUUAAAACUAUAACGCACAUAAUGAUCAAGUGUGGGCUAAAUAAAAAUACCUGCGCGAGAAGACAUAAGUGAAAGAGUAAUGAUUCCCGUAACCAUUGCGAUAUCAGUAAAGACAUCCAUAAUAGGGUUGUUCGUUUGGUUGCCGCAGGUACCGGCGGCAGCGGCAGCGUCAACAUUCUGCGUCAACUUUUGUUCGUUUCGUUGACGCAGGAACCGGCGGCAGCGGCAGCGUCCGAACUCUGCGUCCUGCGGCUGACGCCGAUAAAACCUGCGGUCGCGAUAUGAUAUGCGGCAGCGGCAGCGUCAGCGUCUACGAAACGAACAACAACUGUCUUCAUUGACGCUGCCGCUGCCGCUGCCGCCGAAACCUGCGGCAACCAAACGAACAUGGCUAAUGUCUCCAAGUUCAGAAUGCAAUCCAGGUAUUGAGAGAAGUGCUCCUGAUCAAUGUGAAGUGGGAGAGAUAAGCCCAUGCCACGCAACACGGUAGAAAAAAGUUUUAGCAAUUAAGACAGUGCUUAAGGUAAAACUAAAGACUAAUUUAAAACAAGUGAUUUACCUUCAGAAGUGCCAACAUGUGAGAGUCAGUUCAGAGUUGGAAAAUGGACAUGGCCCAUGAAGCACUUAGUUUACUUGUGGCUUUGUAUAAAAACCCCUCACACCCAACGGCAUGCCGCGAGUAGCCUGCUCAACAACUCCAAGCAACAGCAGAGCAAUAGUGGUUGAACAUCAUGACCAAACAAAAAUAAAAGUUUAUUCUUUAAAGAGAAAUCUACAUUGUCUGCGACAUAAGACGAGACCUCCGACACUACCGUAUCCACAAAACUUAUUUGAUACAUCUUUUUUUUUUUUCUUACUUAUUUGAUACAUCAUUAGUAGCUAACUGGUCAAAGACUUUAACCAGCAGCUGCAACAAUCGCUUAACUUCGACAGGCACAUCUACAGCAGCCAGGGGUAGAGAUACUAUGUCUACAGAUGAUAGACAUUCCUCUAUCGUUCUGUUUCACAGAGUGCAAUACUAAUGUCAAGUCGUCAAGAUUACCUUCAGUGGAAUUCACAAAAUCAGUUAUAGAACGACCUUCAAGAAUGAAAAUGUACUGCCCCAAAUCUUUCACGAUGUUCCAUCAAGCUCAAGCUCCGAUAGCUACCUCUAACCACCAGAUGGUUGGUUACAACAGCCUGCAAAGAGUCCUUUAACAUAAAUUGAACCCUGCAAAUGGGAACGAUCAACCAACUUUCUGAUCGCAUAGAGGCAGGGUGAAGGUCUCCCUUUCGAUACACAAGAUGACAGAAUCAAAAGGUAUGCAAUACUUGUGCUACUAUUUUGUCAUAAACCAUAUUAUGGCAAGACAAAUAGAAAUUACACAAAUAACUUUCUCUAGCGAGUGUGCCAUCCUUAGAGUCACAGUUUUGAUACAGCUCUUGGUCAAAAGGACAGGAAAGAUCCGGUCUGAAUCUAAGAAGAAUGGAACAAAACGAAUGGGAAAAGCAACAGACAGUAAUUUGAAGAUGAGUCAUAUCGUAGCAGUUACAUUCGCUUCCAAAGGACAGGGUGCAAAGAAAAGGGUUGUAAAGUGGCUUAAACUUUGAUUCUCCUUUCUUACAAUUUAAAACAAGGCCUGGCAUAAAAAAAUUCAAUUAAAGUUUACUUAUACAUGGGAAAAAGCAUUCCAACAAAACUUAUAAUAUGUCUAUUUUACUACUUGAAGAUCUUUAAUAGUUAGAAUCAAGAAAAGGCAAGGCGACAAGGGAGAAGGGAGAAGUUUGAGGCAUUCUGCUCCAAAAACUCGCAAGCUGUGAUGAUUAGUGGCUCAGCAAAUACGUCUCUCCUAAGUCAAUACAAAAACUGCUUCAGUCUGGUUGAGAUUUUUAAAAUCAUGCCAAACGCAACUCAGCAUGUACUCAAGAAACAAAACAAAUUAACAUCACUCAGCAAGGGCUGAUUCUGACGACUUAUCGUAAAACUGGAACAAAUAGGUUACAGUCUCACUACUUAGGGAUCGAAACGACAUUAGAAGAGGUGAUAAAAAUUGCGUUUAGAAACGAAGCCACAUGAGAAUGCGAAACCCACAUGUUGGCCCGGUUGUGCUAUACGAUAUAUACUCGUACCCGAAAUUGAAUUUCAUUAACCGGAAAUACAGUUUUGCGGUUUAUGAGCUUAAUUAAUACGAACCGCCUUGGUGAAACCGGUAAUGUUGACGAAACUAUUUAUUACUAGGGUUUCGUUUUGUUUUAGGUCUUAAAGAGAUAUAGAACCAUGAAGAGGGUGAAGAGGAAGGAGACGAUACAAUGUCUUACGUUGAAGGAAGAUGAAAACGACCCGUUUUCGAUUAUUCCUCUAGAUCUAAUCGUAGAGAUUCUCCUGAAAGUUCCGACCAAAUCUGUAGCUGGUCUUGUCUUCGUUUCAAAAAAAUGGUUAUCCAUAAUCAGCGGCAAAUAUUUUAUCAGUCAGUACCUGCAGGCUCGAUCUCCACCUCGGCUUCUUUUCACAGUUUUCAGCUCCGGCAUGACAGUGCAGUUCUUACAUUCAUGUUCCCAGGUUGAUCCAUCUUCUGACAGUCAUAGGGUAAACAUAACUCCAGAGAAGAAGGAGAAGAAGAACCAUGUGCAUGCUUUUUCUCCCCCAAUCCGCGGUUUGAUCUGCCGUCAAAUGGAUUCUAGAGUGAUGAUAGGAAACCCUACCACGGGCCAAGUCGUAACGUUGCCUAGACUCAAAACUAGAAGAAGAGGUGUGUUAUCCUUUUUUGGGUAUGAUCCAGUGAAUGAUGCAUACAAAGUGUUGUGCCUGACAGUACUACGAGGUCGUCAAGAACGCGAAUCACAAGUUGUGGCCAAAGAUCAUCAAGUGUACACUCUAGGAGUUGCCCAACAAAAAUGGAGAAUGGUUGAGUGUAAGCAUCCUCAUCUUCCUCCUACUCCUUCUUACCUUACUAAUAAAGGGAUAUGUUUAAAUGGGGUACUGUAUUAUUAUGCUUGGAUAAAAAAUGAAGGAGCCUUGAUAAGCUUCGAUCUGAUAUCUGAAGAGUUUAAUGUCGUUAAGUUGCCUGAGGAUAUCCAUUGUCUAGUGAACUACACUGGAAAGGUAGCUACAACUAGGUGGCCUACCGGUAACUACACUGAAGUUCACUUGUGGGUUCUAGAAGAUGCCAGUAAGCAAGAAUGGUCUAAAGUUUCGAUUUGUGUUCCUUUUUUGAGAGAAUUAGCUGGAAAAAACCAUGGAUUCAGGUUCAGGGGUACAGUUAGUACUGGUGAGCUUAUAUUCUCACCUUUCUCUUCCCAAAAUAAGGCCCCAUUCUUUUUCAUCAGUUACAAUCUCAAGGAAAACAAAGCCCAAAAAGUUGUGGUUAGAGAAUUUGGAAGUCUUUCUUAUUACAUGGAAGUCUAUUUUGAUCAUGUCGAGAGUCCUAUGUUCUGUCAAAUCUAAGUUAAUCCGUUUUCUUUUGUUGCUUUUCAUUGAAGAUCUCAGACAGAUUGUAGUUUUGUGUGGAGACAUUUGAAGAUGAACAUUAGUUUUGUGUUGGCUAUAGUUGGACAUCCAUCCACAUUUUUAUUUUUAUUUUUAUUUAGACGAAUAAGUUUAAUCCACCAAUAGAAGAUGAAAAUGAUGUUACAUGAAGAUGGUCUGACUUGUAGAAGAGUUUUGUAAUUACAGCGGAAAAAUCUAUACUAUACUAAAAGCCCUAUAUACUCAAUGGUGAAGCUGCCACGUCACCAAAAAUAAUCAGCCAAUAAGAGAUAACAUUUUUGCCAUGUCACUACUGCUUCCGAAAAAUGAAGCUCGAAACUAGACUUCCUUUUGGGCUGUCCCUACAUUUACGUACGACCCAUAUCAAGUCCAAUAUUGCCUAGCUCUAACUUUGUCUGAAGCAUCUAGAGUUCAUCUUCCCGUCUCUUCCACUUCGUCUUCAACCCCGUUACUGCAAGCUCCUAUCAAUCAUUUAUGCUCUUUAAAUGUUUUCUCUAUUAUAAAUACCAAUUUAUCCAUUAAUCCAAGCAUUUACGAGUUCUCCAUCACUACUUCUACUAUCUCGCAUUAAAGUGGAAUUAGCAUCCUCCACCGUAGCUCCGCAUAUAAAUGGGUUCGUUGCAUGCGUUGGUAUUAUACGGUUUCUUUGAACACUCAGACUCCCAUUUCUUAAAUAAAAAUCAUGACAACAAAUCAGUGAUUAUAGUGACUAAAUGCCAGGUAGAAAAAUGGUUUUCAGAAAAUUACUACAUUUUCAUGUAAAGCCUAAGAUACCAGAAUUGAUGAAAGUUAGGACAAAGAUUAUGUCAAGAGAUACAAAAUCAUAUAUAUAAAGAUAAAUAGAGAAUUAAUAUCAAUAUAUCGAGCCUCAUAAUAAUUAAAAGAAAAUUAAUUUCAAAUUUAAUAUAUGUUUUUAUUUAUAAAAUAUUGGUAUUAACUAUAAAUAAUUUUAUACAUUUAGAAUAUUUCCACCCCUACCUAUUUCUUAUUAUAAAUUAGCAAAAUAACAAAUAAAAUUUAAAAUUAGAUAAAAAUACAUAAUAAAGGCCAAUACCAUAAUAUAACCUAAAAUGUAUAAAUUUCAAGAAUAAACAAUGCAAUAUUAAUGAAUUACAGUAGUUAAAAUGAGAUAAUUUGAGAACAAAUGGUUGCAGAAAGUUUAAAACAAACCAAAUAAAUAUAGAAAUAAUUGUAACACAUUAAAACUAAAAAUGAAAUUUAAAAAACACAAUAUCAGCAAAACGAAAUACAAUGUGAAUAGGAAAAUUGUCAAAUACACCAUAUUCAUAAUGCCACUUUUCAUAUUUACACUAAUUAUUUUUACCUUCAUUUUUAAAAAGGAAAAAAAAAGACAUUUAUAACCAUAGAGUUAACUAAUCUAGACUUGGAGUUUAUAGUGGAUGGGGUAGAGUUUUUGGAGUGUGAAAUUUAGGAUUCUAAUAAAUAUAUAAAUAAAUACUUAAAUAAUAUAAAAAACUUUUAGAAAAUAGUUUCAAAAAUCAUUUCAGUUUUCAAAAAUUCAAAAAAAUAAGUUCGAAUUUUAAAAGUAUAAUUUGAAACAUAAAUUUAUUUAUUUAUUUAUUAUAUAUAGAGAAAAUAAAUGUAUAAGAGUCUUUUGACUCUUAAUAAAGAACAUAUUUUUCAAGAUGUAUCUUUAUUAGUAGUAAACAUGAAUAAUUAUACCAAAAAAAUGGUAAACAUGAAAAUUUUCCAUGUGAAUAACACAAAUAUCAAAGUCAUACAACAUAAUCACAAAACAAACACAUCUUCUUUGACAUAUUUCAAAAUAAAGUAAUACACUACUAUCACUAAUCAAUUAUCAUAUGGAUCAAAACAAAUUUUAAAUUCAUUAGAAACUAAAACAUACGAACCCGGCGAUGAACCCGGCGCGUAGCGCCGGAAUGCCACUAGUAGCUUUAACGAGCAGUCAGGUAAAACAACGUAUUAGAUCAAAUAUUUAUUAAUCUUAUUUGAUAUGAAAUGUCUUUCGCUUGAAUAUAUUUUAAUAUUUUUUCAGACGUGCAACAUUUCCCAAUCGAUCCCAUUAGUGGCAUUGGUAAAUAUACGUACUAACUUUAGUAACCAAAAUAUAGAAAGUCUUUAUGGUCGAGACCAAACUUGAGAUAAGUAAGUAUACUAUGAGCUGAAACGUCAAAACAAGAAAUAAAGUUUUUUUUCGGUUUGUAAAGUCGAUAAGUGAAAAUUAAUCAACCUUGAGACCACUAAAAUGUAGAAGUUUUAAAAUUUCUACAUAUUCUACAUUUGUAUUAAUGUAUGCUAAACUCUUUUUCAUGGU